CUGGGACUCAGCUAACAGGUCUUCCGGAGAAAACGCUACAGUGUUGCCCAAACAACAAGUCUCCCUGCGUUUACAUUGCCUGCGAAAGCCCUCCUUGCAACAGCAGCAGCACCCUCAGAAAAGAGUACUUCUGUGAUGCGGUGGCCUUUUGCGCUUACCAUGGACUGCUUCUGCUCGAGAUUGACACGCAAGACAAGCUCAUCAACGCGCUGGAAACCAUCGGCAAGUUCGGUCAUCCAGACUUGGGUGAAAUUUGGGUGAACGCACGAAGAAUCAACGGAAGUUGGGUCCACGUUCCUAGCAACACACCGGUGCCAAAGUAUUAUUGGGUGACAACUCCUAAAGACAACGAAUGCGCGUUCGGGGUUACAUAUCCUAGAAUGGUACUGAUUACCGCGCCAUGCAACGGGAAAAAACGUCCCGUUAUUUGCGUCGACCCCAAUAAAUCUCUGCCAGUUUGUUAGCACAUUGAGUGUAGCACGACCUACCAGCGCUGCCAGAUGGCUCCGGUUCCGGUGCAAAAAUUUAAUUUUUUUUCGUACUUUUUUUAAAAAUUUAUUGA